AUAAAAAUUUGUCAAAAUACAGUCUUCUAUUUUUGUUUUUUAUAAAUAAAUUUAAGUGUUUCAUACUUUAAAAUUUCAAAAUUUAUCAAAGCAAAUUCCUCUGAACUUAUUUCCUGAAACUUAUCCUCCCCUAAUAAAAAGCACUAGCCAGCUAAUUACAGUAGUCACAGCACCGUCACCGUAUUAAGCACCAGCAAAACGCACCAAAGCAAACGUCGAAGGCAAACAAUGAACAUGGCCAAUUGCUGUAAAGAUUGUGAUAGAUUACAGCCACGAUCAUCCGGUAGCGCACCGGUGCGACCGGAGUUCCAGCAGCCCACCAUGUAUGAUCACUUUCAGAAUUUUCAACGCUUCAAAAUGCAGAAACAAGAGGCACAGGCCAUUGAGAAACGCAAAGAGGAGCUACUCAAAAUGAACGCCGAUUUCACGAAUUGGAAUCCGAGCUGUAGCAAGGAUAUGUUCGACCAAUUCAGUACACAAGAUGUGGCGUUAUUUCGUCAACAAAUUCGUUUGGCGCAAAAUGGCGAGCGCACGAUUUUAGAGAGUCUCACCGCGCCGACUGAAGUGGGCGCUUCAAGCACUGGUGGCACCGCUACCGUUACAGGCACGAGCGUCGGCGGUAAGUCGUUGAAGAAAAAGGAUUCGUUGCUGACGAUCUCGCGUACACCCGUGCAGUGUCCGAUUGGCGCUUGCGGACGCAUUAUAGGCGUGACAUCGGUGCUAUCGCAUUAUCUGCGUGAUCACAGCGAAGACUUUGGUGUGCAGUGUCAAGAAAUUUAUGGUGGCAAGCGCUCUGUGUUGAUUUUCGAUGCCACUACAUUGGAUUUCCGUGAUAAUGUGUGUUUGGGUGUGCUUGCCUAUGGUGGCGUUAAGGAGAAGGGCUCAGAUCCGCCGGCACAGCGUGGGAUUUGCAUACAUAACGCCUUUCUGCCAAAGCCACACGAACAUCUUGACGCUCACCUGCCCAUACUGAUAAUGGCGUGCCGCACGUCUUGGAGUGCUAUGUUGGAGGAUAAACAGCUCGAGGCAAGAAUAACUAAACCGGAAAACGCGCAUCAACACCUGUUAGUAAUUUGGCUGGUGAGCGUGCAGUCCACCAAACCGAUCCAUUGCACUCUGACCGCCUACGAUAUGACAAUGACCUCGUCGCGCAGCAUCAUAGCACAGGUGCGUCAGCUGAACGAAUCACAAAACCCGAGUGAGUUUCUGGUUAACGAUACGAACAGUUUGCGUUUGAAUCGCGGCGAAAUCAAUAUACUUUCACACGAUGGCAACGAUUGCAUUCACUUGGAGGUUAUGAUCAAUGAAUACGAUCAAUAAAUUUUUUUCUUGAAUUCUCGCAAAGAUGCAAGAAAUGAUAGUAAAUGUGUGCUUCAUUUAUGUACUCGUAUAUCUCAUAGUGAUAUAAAUAUGUAUGUACUGUGUUUUCUUUUAA